GUUAUUGCCAUUCCGGGAUCACAACUCGAAAACAAUAAAACAAAAUGGCCGCUUACUUCGUUCUUCUGUCAUGCGCACUCGCAGUUACAAUUCAGAAUGUGUUCGGUGCUUGUCAUCUCCGUAACUCUUACAACGUCGGCAGCUGCGGUAAUGGUCUAACUUACAAUGAAUAUCCACUACCCGUGUCCCGACCUUGCGGGGUAUUGGGUAGUGACUACGAGGCUAUCGUGUCCGCUGCCGAUGGCGGCGGUUUUGCUAUCAGAAGUUAUUCCGCGGUACCUCCAAAUGGGGUGUCUGUGGUAUCGGAGAAUGAGUAUGCAGGUAUUCUUGCUGUGAUUGGUGAGUUGCCGUUCUUGGGUACUACAUACUUGGAGGGCGCGGUACCGUCAGCAGGUGCAGGCGCGGUUGCAUACGGUUGUGGGUCUGGUGAUGUCCGCAUUCUCAACGAAGAUGCAAUCGGUACCACUGGCUUAGGUUUUAUUGAUGGUAUCACAUACGCUAAUGUAGGUUACAACGCUGGUGUAGGUUAUAACGGACUUGGAUGUGGUUGUGGAAGAUUGUUUUAA